AUGGGCGUUCAAAGCCGCACCUUGAACUGCCUCCUUCGAUGUCCUUGCUUUAGGCGAUUGGUGAGCAUCACCCCCUUGCCACACACCAGGCUGAAGCUGGUCCGCUCUGUGCUGGUUUCCUGCACAUGGGCGAAAGUCUCAGCUUGGCAGGUCUACGAUGUCUUGCCUCCGCAGGAGCCGCUGGCGCGGAGUUGGAUCACUGGCCCCACGGCGCUGAAGCGGAGCAACAGCAGCCACACCUCCGUGCUGAAGAGGCGGGAGUCCCUGACGAACGUGGAGAAGAAGGACCUCCUCCCGCCGAUUUUGAGUCCACAGACGCUGCGGAAGUCCAAAAUCCUUCCGAACGCACGGCGUUGCGCGUCUGUGAAGCGUACCGUGCCGCGCGCCAGUUCGACCCUGGAGACGAAGCUGCCGGGCCUGGUCACGGCCACGGGCCCGGCCACAGCCACGGAGAAGCUGCCUGGCGCGGCGACACCGUCGAGUGAGAAGGAGAAGGAAGCUUGA